AUGGAGACAACGAAGUCGCGGAAAGAGAAGCUCAAGGGUCGAAAAACCGAUGUUGCCGAAAAUGAAUUGGAACGUUCUAACAACACUAUGGCAGCGUUCCUCGGCAACAAACAGAGAAAACCCUGGAUGGCUGGAAACUAUGCAUCAUCCGCCAAGCAGCCUUUGAAUUCUUUAAAGCAGAAGUCGAAACCAAAUGCGACCGGUCAUCAGCCCGACGCCCUGAAAUCGAACGAUACCCAUCAUGAGGACUUAGAAGAAACACCGGGCGCAGACAAAACCAGUGACAAUCUGCAGAUGUCAGUCGCUGUUCAAGCAGCUCCAGAGCAUUCGACUACAAUACAUUGCGACGAUGCUACCACUCACAAAGCUGGACCGCUGCCGGAUCGAAGAUCCAUGGACCGUCCAAAUGAUUACAGUGUUGCACCAGAGCCAAGCGCUAAUCAAUUGCCCUCGCCAAGCCCAAGUGAAGGACGUGGUCAAGCUUACGUUGGCCCCGUCCCAAGCAGAAAACCUUCGCCUCAGCCAGAAAACAGUGCAACGACGAACUCUACCUCUGAAGAUAUUCGUCAAUUUGGCCUGAAAGGCAUGGAAAUAGUAUCUGUCGUUCACCAACCACUAUCAGAGCCACCUGAUGGCCCAAUUUCUAGCAGAAAGUCUUCGUCACAGCCAGAGGAUGGUGCCACAACGGAAUUCAGCUCUAGAGAUAUUCGUCAAUCAGACCCAAAAGGCGUGGUAACAGCACAUGUCGUUCAACAAUUACCGAUCAUGUCAACAGGUCAAUCCCCAACACAUUUGAGAGUGGAUAGCAAGACUCAAGAUCACUUGCCGUUAUCAGAACAGGACGUCUUCGCCACAGUUAUAAAUCAGGGCUCUACAACCCCAAGAACAUCGAUUUUGGCUCCCAAUCUAGUCCACAGUCAAGCUCGCUCGACAUUCGAUCAGGCUAUGGCCCAAGUUCAAAGUGCUGGAACCCAAGCAGCAAAGUCUUGGUCAUAUCUCUCUGCUGCUUUAUGGCUCUUCAACAGAGGCGCACCAUCCUUUUUUUUAGAGGCUAUGAAGAUUCUGGCAGCUAAAGCGACAGCGAGGUACAGAACCGUAUGUAAGCUUAGUGGGCGCGGUCAUGAGUGUCCGCGUCUGGAGCUCCUGCAACAGGCUUGCAACCAACUGGACUACACUUAUUUGCUAUUGCAUCAGCUCUUUUGUUGGUCUCACAUUACCAUCCCACGCGGUGAAGAAGAGGCAAGGAACCUCCAUAAGACCUCCUUCCUAAUAUUGAAUCGUCCACUGGCGCCAAAUGAAAGUUUGACCGGUGAUGCUCUGGCAUGGUUCGCUCAGUUUCCGGGACCUUUGGAUUUGCCAGCUUUACAAGCCACCACAUUCAAUUCUGCUCCAACUUUACGAACCAUCGCUUCCGAAACAGUGAGCGCCAUGUCACAGAAUUGGGAUGCUUUGCAACAGCGAUGCAUUUCUCGAAAAUAUCCACCCUUGGUAACCGAACUGUUCCAAGAUUUGAAGGUUCGGUCAGAAACGUUACAACAAGUGAUCUUUCGGGCCAUGCUCCGACAGCUGAGCGGCGACAGCAAUCAAGCUCUAACGGCUUACGAAGCUAUUUUCUACAGGAAUCAGGAACAUCACGCGAACGUGAUCAAUAGAGUUUCUACUACCACACUCGGCGAAAAUCUAUUUGUCAAAGAAUACCUUGGACUAGCUUCAAGACGUGCAUCGACAGCUCCUGGCGAAACUAGAUCAACUGAAGCCCAGAAAGCAGAUUUUCAACCUGUCUCGAACCCAUCUUUCGGGGUUAGUGAAAGGCAGACACAUGAGCCUCAGCACAACAUUACGCAGGUCAGGCAAUCGCAAGAGCCACGCAACUUACAUUGGCCGGGCGGUCAAACUCCAAAUCAAUUCAAUAACCUUCACUGGCCAGGAACACCAUUUGUAGCCUCACUACAUCCCUUGAACGGCAGCGAUGCACUAUCUCGCACAACGAUAAGUCGUCCCAUAACGACUCCGGCAAGUGUUGGAUCUGGGUCGCCAAACCUAACAAGCAACAGUCAGAAUUAUCCGCAAUCCAUUGCGUAUCCAGUUCGACCAGCAACAUCAAUGUCGCCAGUCGCAGUGCCUAGAAGGCCAAGUAUUUCGGGGCCAAUUACUCCUCAGUUCGCACCACACCCGCCAAUAUCAAAUGCAGGCAGAAGAAUUGCAGCACCAGCCUUUAACCGGACACCAUCCAGUCCCUCUCUCAAUACCCAUACAAAUAGUGGACCUCACCAACGCUUCAUUGAUACUCCAGCACAUCAUUUUACUUCCCCACAACCUCUAACAACACCGUACCCGUCGCCGACCCAACCUUAUCCCCACUUCAGGCUAGAGCCAUCUAACACUGCCCCGGCCAACCCGACUUCUGCAGGACCAAGCCACUGGCCGCACGAUCAAUUUCUUUUUGGCAAUCAAAAUCCAGCACCACCCGGUCCUUUCAAUUCAAAUAUCCGACCACGGCCAGCAAGUCUGUCGCUGCCAAAUAAUGGGAUAUCUGCGGCUGGUUCAGGGACAAAGGCAAGUCCUCCAUUAUCUAGGGGACCCCUUGAGCAGUGUUUCAGCUACAUCAAAUACGUUGCAACCUUACCGGAAACAAUGAAUCCUAGGAUGCAAUAUCAACAUCACCGUAUCGUGUUAUGCCAAGAGGAUGUUAGAGCCGUUGCUAAAGACCCUCCAAUUCAAUGCUACGGUGGUCCACCGACCUACCUCAACAUGCCUGGCGCCAUCACAUAUCGCGUCCGAUGCAUCAAGACUCAAUCGAGGAACGCUGUGACUGAGCAGGAGUGGGUCACGUCCGAUCAUGUUUGGCCAAGUCAUGUCACCAUCUCAUUAAACGGUCAUGCUCUGCUACUCCACCGCAAGUCUCAGCAAGACAAAGACUACCCAGUUGACGUCACGUGCCUUGUUGUGGAAGGGCCGAACAACUUCACUGUAGCGGUGAUGAGCCUCUCCGAAACCAGAAAUGAGCACUAUGCUUUUGGACUUGAGACUAUUGAGACAAUUUCCUACUCUCAAGUCAAAGGAUCCAUUAGAUACGUGGACUUUGAGACCGCGCGCAGACGUAUCCUCUCCAAGCUUAUUAAUAGCGAUCCAGACGUGGAAAUUAUGGAUCCACAAGUCACCCUUGACCUUACAGAUCCCUUCUCUGCUGUCAUGUACAAGAUCGCAGCACGUGGCAAAGACUGUGUUCAUCACCAGUGCUUUGACCUCGACACAUUCCUGACCACAAGGACCUCAGGAAGCAAGAAUAAGGUGGAAUCUUGUGGACCGGACGAAUUCAGGUGUCCAAUCUGCAAAGGCGACGUGAGGCCAAAGACAAUCGUCAUUGACGGCUUUUUCCAAGACAUCAGGAGUAAACUAGAUGGCUCAGGAAGACUAGACGUGAAGGCCGUGGUGUUACGAGCGGAUGGCGAAUGGCAGAUAAAGGAGGAGGAAGAGGGAAUUGGUGCGGAGGAGGGUCAUGGGCGAAGGAAGAGGAAGAGCUCUUCCGUGGAGCUACCAGGUCAGCCCAAUAUUAGAAGAAGCGUCACAGCACCAGCUGAGAGGAAAGCAAGUACGACUGCAAUGAUCAUUGAGUUAGACUGA